CCUCUUUGGAUGAAGAAGUGGGCAGCGUUCAGACAGUGGAUUGGUGCCGAUCGCAGGAAACACCCUGGACAAGAGGCCAACCGAGGCUCAUCCGAAUCUCAGCUAUCAGACAGCAGUGAUGCAGCUCAGUCUGCAGAAGCAGAGCGGUCACAAGAUGUCAAGAUCUACAUCCCCUAUGAGUCAGCUGAACUCUACAUCACUCAGAUAGCAGAGGACGUGGAGGCAAUGAAGAGGAGACAUCUGGAGAUGGUGCAGGAACUGGAGGAGAACUUUCAGAUCACAGCAAGAGAGAACCAGGAGUGGACUGUGCAGAGGAUCAGAUCUCACUACCAGAACAAGCUAUACACUCUGAGGAGAAUCCUGGACGUCUAUCAGGAGAAGGUGGAGAAGAAGAACGUGGACUGUGAGAGGAAAGUCUCGGCCUUGACGGCACAGAUCGAGCAGCUGAGGGAGGAGCAGAGAGCAGAGAGGAGGAGCAGUAAAGAGGAGGCCGUGCAGUGGCAAAGAGAAAAGAGCAAAAUGCUGGAACUGUUCUCCAACAGGCUGGAUGUCCUGCACAGCCACCAGGCCUCCACAAUACAGGAACUCCAAAUGGCCAGGCAGGAAGUGGGAAAAGUUCAAGAAAUGUUGAUGAUUACAUCACAGGAGCAGCAGGAAGCAGCUGAGGUUGACAAAAGCUCAGAGGAAAGAGGAUUAUCUGCACAACAGCAGACUGUGGCCUGCAAUAAGUCAGAUCAGCCACUGGAGGGAGCCAAAGCUCGAUUGGAGGAGCUGAAGGAGAGCCUGUACCAGAGGGAGAGAGAGCUCACUGAGCUGCUGGAGGAAGAGAGGAGCCCCGUCCCUCCCUUCCCUCUGCCUCCCUGCAGCAUCCUGCUGCCAUCAGUCAUUCACAAGGCCCAUGCUAUCUGCAGUGCAGUGGCUGAGACUAGAAAUCUCAUGGAUCAGAUGAUUGAGGAGAAUCGGGUUGCUCUGGUUGAGGCUAGAGUUCAACUAGACUGUGUACAGGCAGCCAAAGAAGACAGUAACAACAGAGAGGAUGUGGCCACUGAACAAGAGGGAUCAGAUGAAAAUGAAUCAAUUUUGUCUUCACUACAAGAAACAGUGAGAGGGUUUGAGGUCUCUCUGUUGGCUUUGGCCUACAUUAAAACUGGAAGGAGCCCUGAAAUGAAUGACAGUAAUGAAGUAUCAGAAGUGGAGGACGUCUUGGGACGAGGGACAGUACAAACCACAGAAGGAGUGAAGAGUGUUGGUCAGCAACUCCUCAUGCUGCAGGAUCAGCUGAAGCAAGUUAAAGAGGAGAAUAAGAAGGUAAUUGAGAACUACACUUCAGAGAGGACACUGAGGAAGAAGUACUACAACAUGGUGGAAGACAUGAAAGGUAAAAUCAGAGUCUUUUGUCGUAUUCGACCAGUGAGCAAAACCGAGGUUGCACAGGGUGAAGUCACAGUUGUGGAGAAAAUCGAUGACUUCUCUGUAACCGUUGAAACACCUCGUGGGCAGAGAGAGUUUCAGUUUGACAAGGUGUUCAGCAUCGAAGCAUCUCAGGAAGAGGUGUUUCAGGACUCCCAUAGGCUCAUCCAGUCAGCUCUUGAUGGCUACAACGUCUGCAUCUUUGCAUACGGUCAGACAGGCUCAGGAAAAACCUUCACCAUGGUGGGGGACAAGGAGCAGAAGAACCUUGGGAUCAUGCCAAGGUCCUUUAAUGCUAUAUUUGAUUUCAUACAGGAGAACAGCACCAAAUUUGACUUCAAGGUUUCUGCCUACAUGCUAGAGCUGUACAACGAUAGGCUGCAGGACCUCUUUGUGAGCCCGGCUGGAGAGGCCCAUGCUCAGUCUCAGUCCCAUUGUCAGACCAGGCGGGUGGAGAUCAAGAGGAACAGAAAGGGGGUUGUGUUCGCACAAGGAGCAGAGACAAAGGAGGCUUCCAGCGCUCAGGAGCUCUACGCUCUGUUUCAGCAGGCCUGCGCCAACCGACACAUCUCUGCCACCAAGAUGAAUGUAGAGAGUUCCCGCUCCCAUCUCAUCGUUGGCAUCAUGGUGGAGAGCAGGAAUCUAACAAAUGGAAGUGUGAGCACUGGUAAGCUAAGCCUGGUGGAUCUGGCAGGCAGUGAGAGAGCAGCCAAGACUGGAGCCAAGGACCACCAGCUAAAGGAGGCAAACUCCAUUAACAAAUCUCUGAGCGCUCUGGGUGACGUGAUCUCAGCCUUGUCAGCUGAACUGUCACAUGUACCAUACAGGAACAGCAAGCUGACACAGGUAAUGCAGGACUCCUUGGGUGGAAAUGCCAAAACUCUUAUGAUCGUUAACAUCUCUCCUUCAGAAUGCAACAUAGAUGAGACGCUCACAUCUCUCAUUUAUGCAACCAGAGUGAAAGCCAUAACCAACAAUGCUCAGAGAAAUGUGGACACUAAAGAGAUCGCCCAGCUGAAAGAGGUGAUCAUGAAGCUGAGGGCAGGACAGACAGUGGAAGAGGAGGACAUUUAAACUGUAUCCAUUGCAGUAAAAGCACUGCAAUAGUGCAAUAAAAGUGUUGGAUUUGG